AUGUUCUGGUGUUCUCCUGAACUGGAUGAGAUGGUGAAAGUUAUCUACAAGAUUUCAGACAAUGAUGAAAGUCAUGACCCUGACACAGAGGAGGAAGACGCUAAGACGCGCCUAGAAGCUCAACACACAGGAGGAGACACUGCAUGGAGCAGGUGGUACAGACUGAUUGCAGUGUGUCUGGUGGUGCUGUGUUUACUGCUGACUGCCAUCACAGUGCUGUGGAUCAAAUACCACAUCCUGAAGGAGUCACUGACCAGCAACAACAACCUGACUGUAGCGAGAGACCAGUCACAGACCUGUAACAAAAACCUGAUUACAGAAAGAGAGCAGUUUCAGAGGGAGAGAACCCAGUUACAGAGGGAGAGAGAUGAACUCCAGAGGUUUUUAGAACAGGGAUUAAGUACAGGAUGGAAUUAUUCCAGCUCCAGUGUUUACAUCGUCAAUAUUGAGCAGAAGACCUGGACUGAGAGCAGAGAGAGCUGCAGAGUGAGAGGAGCAAACCUGGUGAUCAUAAACAGCACAGAGGAACAGGAAUUCGUCAAUAAACUGCGGGGUGGAGGAAGAGCUUGGAUUGGUCUGAGUAACAGAGAGAACAAGUGGAAGUGGGUGGACGAUACAACACUGAUCACUGGGUUCUGGGCAAGUGAAGGACCAAACAGUGCUGCAGGAAAAGAUCGUUGUGUUUUAAUUGGUAAAACAUCUGAUCCUGUGAAGAACUGGGGUGAUGAUUCCUGUAGUGAACAGUUUAAAUAUAUCUGUGAGAAGAAAAUCUCUAACUGAACUGCUGUAUGUGAAUGAAAAGCAGUGAAUUGAAUGUACAUGUGUAUCUGUGUGUGUGAGUGUGUUGUGUCUGUAAAAUCCUCAUUACUGUUAAUAACUCUGUAACCAUCACGGUGUCACCUGUUUAUCUUUCAGAGAUUAUUUUUCAUUCAGGUUUGUUUAUGAAACGCUACAGAUUCUACAGUAGUGACGUGUACAAACACCAGAGCUGUGGGGUUUCAUUUGGGAUUUAACUGCAUUUGGACGACUUUACAGUCAUGUGUGUGUCAACAUGGCCGCCAGAUUAACUUAGUCUAAUCUAAUUUAGGUGUUGCACCAUUAAUAAAUAAAUAAAGAUAAGUAAAGAUAACUAGCUUUCCGUUAUACAGUCAACCCCCGUGAGGUCGCGGUUCAGAGUUCACAGCCUCAGUCGUUCUCAGAUUUUUCCCUUAGAAUCUAACUAAUAAUUAUUUGCAAAAACCCCCCAAAAAUGUCCUCCACCAUUUUUAUAUAUAUAAUAUAUAAUAUUUUAUGCGCUUUAACUCUAAACUAUUAAGAACAAUAUAAUUAACUAAUUUUGUAACAUAAAUAUUAAUGUAAAUUCAGCCAAAUUUCCAUAUAAAAUAUAAUACUGUAUAUUUUUUUAGUUCUGUAGAGAGAACACAAAGCAACUGUAGAGGAAAAUGCAGCUUGGGACGGUGAAUUAUUACCGUAUUUACCCUCCAGUACUGAUACCACAGAAAACAACAUCGUAUACAGAAGGAAACACGCUUGCAUGAUUUACAGUACAUACAGAGGUAACAUCUGUAUUUUAUAUUCUAGCACUGCGGGAGACACAGCAGUACAGUUCUGUACAGUAUACGGGUUUACAUUAAUAAUUUUUUAUGGUAAUCUAUUAAGCUGAGUUUAAAAUGUAAUUAAAGUGUUUAGGGGCAGAUUUAGGGUGUAAACUAUAAAAAUAGUAAUUUAUAGACAUUUUUUUCUUUUACAAUUUAUAGGUGCUCUAAGAACGCAAAACUGGCUGAACAGAAUUUAAUGAAAUUCAUUUAGUAGUUACUAGAAUAAGUACCAUUUGUUGAUGGGUAAAGAGUUUGUAGAAAUAGUUAAAAGGUUAAAGCUAAAAAUAAGCUCAUCAGCAUCUGACACCUACAGGUAAAUGCUCCUAACUUCCCUUAUAUUCAACAUUUUGAUUUCAUUAAUGAUAUAAUUUUAACUUAAGGGAAAUACAGAAGGACUGGCAAAGUUUCAUUAAAUUCUGUUCAGCCAGUUUUGCGUGAUGCUGUGACAAAUUAAGCUGGACAAACAUACAGACAUAAGGACACAACAUUUACAGGGUCGGGUUUCGGUUCUCCAAAUGGUCUGGUCAUAAAAAAGUCUCAGCCUGUU